CUAAUUUACCCUCUAAAAAAAAAAUAUCUUUAAGCACCAAGUUUUUAGCACUAUACGUUUCCCGAAGAACAAAAAAAUAGCAUUUCACGUUCACCAACGAUAAUGGAUAUGAAUUCUUCUUCUUGUGAGAAGUGGCUUGGCUUCUCACUUUCCAAUAUCAACAACUUGUCACCUUCUACUACUAAUUCUUCACAACUUUCCCUCUUCCAAGCUUUCAAUUCCAACCCUAAUACUAAUUGUAUUAUUCUAGAUCUCUUCUUCCCUUCUCUUUAGAUAUAUAUGCAGGUGAGGUGGUGAGACAAAAUGAAAAUGGUGAACCAAAGGUUGAAAAUAUGUUGGGAUCUUGUUGUGAUAGUAAUACACCUACUAGUUGUGAAUAUGGAUCAGAGUUGAAGAGGAUAGCAGCUACUUUUCUACCUACUACCUUUAGUGAUGAUCACAAAGAGAAGUUGCCUCUAAUUGUCACUCAACCUAAGAAGCCACAUGAAUCAUUUGGACAACGCACUUCUAUUUAUAGAGGUGUUACUAGACAUAGAUGGACAGGAAGAUAUGAAGCUCAUUUGUGGGAUAAUAGUUGUAGAAGACAAGGACAAAGUAGAAAAGGGAGGCAAGUUUACUUAGGUGGUUAUGAUAAAGAAGAGAAAGCAGCUAGAGCUUAUGAUCUUGCUGCCCUUAAGUAUUGGGGUCCAACCACCACCACUAACUUUCCGGUAUCGAACUAUGAGAGGGAGCUUGAAGAAAUGAAGAACAUGACAAGGCAGGAAUUUGUAGCAUCUCUUAGAAGGAAAAGUAGUGGAUUUUCAAGAGGAGCCUCUAUCUACAGAGGUGUCACAAGACACCACCAACAUGGUAGAUGGCAAGCAAGAAUCGGUAGAGUGGCUGGAAACAAAGAUCUAUAUCUUGGAACUUUUAGCACACAAGAGGAAGCAGCAGAGGCUUAUGAUAUCGCAGCAAUUAAAUUUAGAGGACUAAAUGCAGUAACAAAUUUCGACAUUAGUCGGUACGACGUUAAAAGUAUUGCUAGUAGCAAUCUCCCCGUUGGAGGAAUGAGUAACAAAUCCAAAAGCUCAUCGGACGAAACUACUAAACAUGUCGAAAAUCGACCCAAUCUUCGAGAUCAAGAUCAAGAUCGAGAUAUUUCCUCUGCUCCUAAUUACACAUCAAAAAAUCUGGCUAUGGUGAAUUUAGGUUUCGGAUUGCCUAUAAAACAAGAUGCAUUCGAUUUUUGGUCAAGUGUUGGAUACAAUAACAAUCGAAGCAAAAAUGGUUUGUUAUUUCAGGGUACAACUAUGAAUGCACAAGGUACUACAUUCUUCAGCAAUGAAGUCAACAAUAGUAGUGUCAUGUUGAAUGAACAAGGGUACGAUAAUCAUGAUCAACAACAACAAAGUGGUGGUUCUAGUUGUGAAAUAAAUAUGGCUUUAAAUAGCAAUAUUGCCACUACAAGUACUACUAUUGAUAGCACUAAUUUUGGUAAUUGGAUGACACCUUCUCUCCAUUCGUUCCAAAGUAGUACAAAGAAUGACCUAGGACCAUAUCAUACUCCAAUAUUUGGCAUGGAAUAAUGGUAAGCUAUAUUACUCGAAUUCUUCAAAAAUAUUAAUUAAUAGAUACAUGGUGGAUUUGCUGAAGAAUUCGACACGAGCGGUAAGUGUAGGGGAAUGAAGGGACAAGUUUUGAAUUUUUACUUUUUUGUGUUUUGAAUGGGGUUUUAGUUAAUCACCUACCAUAGAAGAGAAGCUAAGUGGAUUGGUCAAAAAAGUGUGAAAAUUGCUUUUUUGCAUGGGUAAUGAAUGGGACGUACAAUCAUUUCAUAGCAAAUAAAGCUAGGGUACUAACUUGAAUCUUUUUAUUUUUAAUCAUUAGUUUCUCUUUAAUUAGUUUAUUACCUUAUAAUUAUGUUUUUUUGUUUGUUUGACUGACAUCAUGAUUUAUCUAGUUAUUUUAUGACUAGAAAAAUCCCUUUUGUACAUUCUCAUCGUGUACUGUUUUCAUUUCAAUAAAAAAUUCAGCACAUGUAUGAUA